AUGAAGGUCACGUUCCGAGACCUUAAGCAACAAAAGUUCGUCCUCGACGUUGAGCCUACGGACAAGAUCUUGAAAGAUGACGAUACCGUCCAGUCCUACAACAUCGAGGAGAAGGGUUUCGUUGUGUGCAUGGUGAACAAGCCCAAGCCUGCUCCUGCUGCUGCUGCUGCCGCCGCACCGCCGCCCGCUACUCCUGCGCCGCCAGCGGCCGCCAGCACACCCGCCGCUCCCCCUGCGCCCGCCCAGUCUGCUACCCAAGCCGCCGCUCCUCCCGCAACCCCGACUCCUAACCGCUCGACGGGGACGCCCUCGGGCCUGGCUAUGGGCUCUGAGCGGGCCGAGGCCAUCGCAAACAUGGAGGCCAUGGGCUUUGAGAGGACCCAAAUCGAGGCGGCCAUGCGCGCUGCCUUUAACAACCCGGACCGAGCCGUCGAGUAUCUUCUUACUGGUAUCCCGGAGAGCAUCCAGCAGGAGCAGCAACAGCAGCGGGCUAACCCACCGCAGGCCGCCCCUGCAGCUGCUGCCCCUACCGGUGAUGACGACGGAAGCGUUAAUCUCUUUGACCUCGCUGCCCAGCGAAGAGGCGCUCCCGCCUCGGGCGGCUCACCGGCCGCGGCCACUGCUGCUGCUGCUGCCCAAGGUGACUUGGGUAACCUCGACUUCCUGCGCCACAAUGCCCAGUUCCAGCAGCUUCGCCAGGUGGUCCAACAGCAGCCCCAGAUGCUCGAGCCCAUCCUGCAACAGCUUGGUGCUGGCAACCCCCAGCUUGCUCAGCUGAUUGCGUCAAAUCCGGACCAGUUCCUCCAGCUGCUUGGCGAGGAUGCCGACGAUGACGUCCCGUUGCCUCCCGGUGCCCAGGCCAUUUCCGUCACAGAAGAGGAGCGCGAUGCGAUUGAGCGGUUAUGUCGACUCGGCUUUGAUCGUGACCAGGCCAUCCAGGCCUACUUUGCAUGCGACAAGAACGAAGAGCUCGCAGCCAACUUCCUUUUCGAUCAGCCCGAGGACGACGAGCCACCGACGAACUAG